AUGUCCUCCAGACAGAAAAGACAGUCUUUAUCUGAGGCACCAUACCGGCCUCAUUAUAACUCUACGAGCCUUCCAAGUACUUCUCGUCGCAGCUCACGACGUAGCACAUUGUUGAUACCUAAAUCUCCAAGCAAUGGCAUGGGUGAGGGUGAUGUUAACGAAUCGCCUCAUGAUUUCGAUAAAACUAUCACAACUCUGAAGUCAGCAGCGGAAUCUGUAACGGUUCGAGUUUGGCAAGAGACAGCAGACGAACAAGCACGGGCGAUUCAAGCUAUGAGGUCUACGAUUGAUAUCAAAGAUUCGCGAAUUCAAAAGAUGAAUCGAAAGAUAGGGAGACGGGAUAAGACUAUAGGUAAAUUGAUGAGACGAUUAGACCGCACCAAAAUAGCACUCUCGAAAGCAGCCUGGCCAAAGUUUGAAGCAACGAUGGGGAUGGGAAUCGAGGAUGAGGAGAGAAUGAGCAUGUUGAGGAGCAAAACACCGACUUCAGCAAGUGGGCUUUGCACAGAAUGCGGAGAGAAUUGUUCUCGUUUGAUAAAAGAGAACCAACAAUUGAGAGAUCGAUUAUAUGAGGUCGAUGGGUUAUGUAUAAGACUCAGAAGUGAGUGUAGCAAGUUGGAUAUCAAAAUUAGGGGACUCGAGAGGAAGUGA